CACCCUGGCAUUGUCUUGUCGUCUCGCAUCAUCAUCAUUCACACUCGCAAAAAGUCUCACGCGAUCCACCGCAACGUAUCGGCCGCCGUGCCACUGAUCACCGACUGCCUUUGUGAGGUCUUCUCAAAAAUCAUGCCCCACGGGCUACGCGCGAGACCGAAUUCCGCCUCACCACAAGAAUAUCCCUGAAACCUCCCACCGAACUCGACCUCAUCUUCUUCCUCCGGACCGGGACAACCCGGUCAAAGUACCAGUAUGACGCCCCUCGUCAUCGAGUCUUGGAUAUGGUGGGCAAUUGUGCUGCUGGUCGCGCUGAGUAGAUUCAUCUCCCGCCGCAUGGUCCUACGAUCAUUCCUCAAAUUCCAAGCCGACGAUUUCUGCAUGGCCGUCCUGCUGUGCUUCUACACCGUCCUGAUCGUUACGAUCAACAUCGUGCGGACUAGCAGCUCCAACCUCCUGCCACCCGGAUUCGACCUGUCAACUCUGGACAAUGCCCAAAUCAUACAACGAGAGUACGGCAGCAAACUCGUGCUCGUCGUGGAACAGAGCCAAUGCGUCGUGAUCUGGGGCGCAAAAGCAUCCCUCUUGAUCCUCUACCUUCGUCUCACGACUCUCCGCUGGGAAAACAUCGCCAUCAAGAUCCUAGCCGGCUACGUCGCCAUCACCUUUUUGAUCAUGGAGGUACUUUACUUUGGCGUGUGGUGUCGACCUUUCAAUCAGUACUGGGCAGUCCCAACAUCGAGCACCCAAUGCAACGCCGCCACAAACCACCUCAUCACCAACGCGAGCUUCAACCUCAGCUCCGACUUACUCAUGCUCGCCAUCGGUCUGCCCAUGUUCCUCAGACUCAACCUCCCCUGGCAAAAGAAAUAUCCCAUCGUCGGCAUUUUCUCCCUGGGCAUCUUCGUCAUCCUCGCGGCCAUUCUCAACAAGGUCUAUUCAUUCUCCGAACCCUUCGGCGACCUCUGGAGCUACUGGUACGUGCGUGAGAGCUCUACGGCCUUACUCGUAGCGAACCUGCCCUUUGUGUGGAACUUCUGGCGGCGCAUCACGGGCUUCAGCUCAGUCAUUGGAGGAUCUCGCCGAGGUGCUUCGAUGGUGGACACCACAGCCAUCAGCAUGCAAGAAGAGAAGUCGCGAAAGGGAAGCGGGCUGGCCAGAUUCUGGCCCUCGCGACAACGCGAUGAAGUGGAGGAAUGCGAUGGUGUGGACUUCACGACUGGUCCCAAGCCUUCACAACCACCUCAGUCCGACGGCUUAAAAGACAUCGACUCCCAGCAAGAACGGCAGCGCAAUCCGACGAACUACAGCGGAUCGAGCGGUGACCUGCAUCCUCUCACGCGGCCAGCCGUCAUCGUCGACGUACCACCACAAGGAACCGUCCGACGUCAUGACAGCCUCGAGACGCGACAUACCGCUACACCCAUUUCCUCGACCUUGCCUUCGCUGAACGGUAGUUGGCAGGCAGAUUCGUUUGUCUAG